CCAUGAAGUAUAUUUUGUAUAUCUUAUUAUUGUUUGCAGGAGCUCGAAACUAUGUGCAAUCGUCAAAGAGAUGUCCUUCUGGUUACACAUCUGACGGAAACGUGUGUUAUAAAGUGUACACUUCGUGCAAGGACUGGACGGGAUCAAGAGAUACCUGUAGUCAAGAUAAUGGAGUUUUGUAUUUAAUUGCUGAUGACGAAACCUUUCACACAGCGCAACGAGCCGUUGAUAAAAUUACGAACGGUGGACAUACUUUGUGUAAAGGAGGAGUGUGGCUGGGCGCAAAAAGGAGAAAUAAUCAACUCAUGUGGGAACAAGACAAAGGAAAAGCACAGGACGGGAUCUUUUCGUCAUACUAUGCAUCUGGCCAACCAGAUGCACUCGCCGGGGAAGACUGUGUCGAAAUGCGUCACGUGGAUGGAUUUAAGAACAAACUGAACGACUAUUUAUGUUCACAAAAACAGGAGUUUAUUUGUCAGAAGUGUUUCUUAAUCGACAACUGCGCCGCUGAAGAUUGUUACCCUCCAUCAAAGACAAUGUGCACGUCCUGUGUUGAUAAUGGAGUGCAUUACAAAUUAUCUAAUGACAAAACGCAAUGUUACAGAAUGUGUUCGUUCGAUACUCACAAGUGUUGGCCGGGAAGUUGCGGUGCGGAUGGCCUUACGUCCGAAUGUCAAUGUCAUGCGGGAUUCAAGGAAAUCAGAACUUCUGCAGAGACAAAAUGCAAACUAACCACACAACCAAGUAUCGAAAAAUGUUUAACAUCCUUCAGAGGAGUAAAUGGUGAACUGAAACAGACGGCUACAGGUAUUUGCUCGGAUCACAGUGACAUAUAUGGCAACUAUCAGCCUGUUAAUAUAUCUGUCAAUGUAGCAGCAGAUUUUACAGUUCCGAUAAAUCUUACAAGAUAUGACAGGCCGGACUUCAUUGAAGAGGAACGCUUUGGUGUUGUUGACUUUUUAGUGACUGUUCAAAAGAAAACCAACGGAGCACCAAAAAUGCCGCAGAAAAUAUUUAGCCUUCUUCAAAAUAAUGAAUUCAGUUCAACCUCACAAUUUUACAAAGUGUCUACUUUCGAUGUCAAGGACUCAAAAUUAUAUCUUCAAAACGGGGAUUGGUUAUGUGUUUUAUUCACUACUAACGGCGGUGGAUACAAUAGAGGAUUUGAUUUCACCACGGACAAAGUGACCAAAAUACAAACGUACGAGAAAACCACAAAAACUGAGGAGUUAUGCUACAGAUACGAUAAUGGAGCCCCUGAGCAUUGUCUUAUUACAAAUAGCUGCACAACGUCACUAACAGAACCUUUGCAGAUUACCCCUCGUGUGACCCGUGAGGCAACUUUACGUAUAGGUUUCGAUGGAUGGGCUGAUACAAUACCACCAGGCUAUACACCGGAAGCUGCCUCUGGUAUAGAAUCAUACGAAAUUCGUAUCAAUGAAGUGUCCGGUGGAAUUAUAGUAACGACCGGAACUGUAUUUUCACGUAUCGUAAAUGACACCUUAGCGUUUGAUGUACCAUUGCUAUCAAAAAUCCCGAAACUUUAUUCGGUCCAUCUUGACGUAAAGGAUAUUGCUGACAACAUCAAACAAUGUAGGCGUUUUGUUCUUGUCGACAACUCCUCGGCCAUAAAACAAUCAGACAAUGAAAGUCUGUUUUACGUGUCAUCUGCCUCUAAAGAUACCAAAUUUGAAUGGCAGACGCACCACAGCGACGUUUGCUUGUCAUGGAAAGACUAUUUCUACAAUGAUUUUUAUAUAAAUAAUGACUUAUUUCUACCAGUCAAAUCAGAUCCCUUUAUCAGCGGAAUUUACGAGCAAUCAUCAGGCAUCCUUCCUGUGUCUGGUACCACACAUGUACAUGGGAUUGUCGCGUUUAAGUUUUCGCUAUCGUUAAAUAAUGUGACUCUCAGAUCGGAAGAAGUGGUUUCAAAUUUUGAAGACCAAACACACUGCGUUAGACAGGACAUGGCAGACGGCGAAACAUAUACAUUGAUAAUUCAAGCAGACGAUAUCGUAAACAAUUCUGUUAAAGAGAGAAGGACCGUCCAUAUUGACAGAUCCGCUCCGAACAUUGAACAUAUAUGGUUGCGCAAAGCUGAUCAGGAAUCAUUGUUCGUCCACAACAUAAAGGACUUGUCCAAAAUGAACCUUGGUUUUGACGCGUAUGACCUUCAUAGUGGUAUCAGACAGGUUGAGUGGCGGCUUGGUACCAUGAAUGCUGCAUCAAAUCUUGCGCAGGGCUCUCUUUCGAUUAUGCGGCCUAACAAUGAGACAUGCUUUGAAAACUGCUACUGCCCAGAUGUCGGAGAAUGCGAGUAUAAAAAUUACACAGUUGCAACAACCGAACUUGCCAGACUUGUUUAUAAUGACAAUCACAUUGGAGACCACAACCGAAACUACUAUUUUACCAUUAAAGUAACAAACAACGCCUUUCUGUCAAAUAUUGGACAUCUUGACAUUCUUGUUGAUGAAUCUCCUCCAGAAAAAGGCAUCGUGAAAGAAGGUACGGUUCCCUAUGUAAGCGACAAAAAGGAAAUGGAGGAUGUGGGACAGACAAGUUUGGCCACAUGCUUAUUAGAAAACUAUACAAACGGAGAAACCGUCUUUGUAACUGUGCAAGCUUUCGACUAUGCGGGACAUAUGUCUGAUGUGGUGUCUCAACCCAUUGUUGUCGACACUACCCCUCCUAUAAAAGGCGUUAUUGAGAUGUAUGAUUACUCAUCUUACGAAGUCACUUUUAUAUCCUCAUCAACGACAAUCAUCUUGUCCGACUUUUACGAUAAGGAAAGUGGAAUCGAUUACUUUAUGGUUGGUUACGGAACGAGUCCAAACAGUCCUGAUAUAAUUCCCUUUGUAAAAUAUUACGUCAAAAGUUUCGAAAUGGACUUUAUUGACGGCAUAAAAGACGGCACAGAAUUCUUUAUAAUUGCAAAGGCUGUAAACAGAGCUGGGCUUGUUUCGUCCUUGGAAUCAAAACAUUUCGUUAUGGAUAAAAGCCCACCGAUUUCUGGUGUUGUCCUAGAUGGUACAACAGAUUGUAGUACUGGCACCGACAAAAAUUAUCAGACCGCUGGUACUCUUAUUGAAGGCUGUUGGAAUCAUUUGAAUGACAGCGAAAGUGGAAUUUUGAAUUAUUUUGUUGGCCUAGGGACACGCCCUUUUCUGAAUGACAUUAAAAUUAUGACAGAUGUUGGGCUCAAUACAUUUAUAAGAUGGAACGGCUCAUUUAGAUAUGGUACAAAAUAUCAUAUCAACGUGCGAGCUUGUAACAAGGCAAAUCUAUGUACAGACGUUACAUCGAACGGGAUAGUUUUAGACAAUUCCCCACCAGUAGAAGGGAUAGUAUAUGUUGGAUCUAACAAUCGACACCAAAAAAGUAUCGGAAGCAGUUCAUCUGUUCAUGGUCAAUGGCAAGGAUUUGAAGAUCCACAGUCAGGGAUUCAUCGCUUCAAAACCUGUAUUGGCACAAAACGUUUUGCAUGUGAUGUUAUUCCAAUCAAAGAUGUACUUCUUCAAAGUCAUUUUAUAUGGACAGACGUUAUUUUACCUGAAAAUGUUGACCUUUUUGCCACCAUCAUAGCAUACAACAAUGCAGGAAAAUAUGAGUCAGGUGUCAAAGCGUACUACCUUACGGCCGGUUUAAAUUACAGUUCAAGUGAACUGCUUUCAUUGAUACACCGCAAGAAAGCGACUGCAAAUGACGACUUCGAAACAACCAAUGCCACGGUGACACUUAAAGCCAAACUUAAAAACGGAGACAAGAUUAUUCUCUCCGCAUGGGCAGAAAACCAUGCUGGCCUUAACAGCAGCAUAGCUCGGGUUACCGUCGUUGCCAUGGAAAACUCCAAUACAUUAGAAGGAGUACUUGAAGUAGAAAAACACUCAUGCGAUGUCCACUAUUGCAAUAAUGAUUGUACGUGCGCUGUUGUUGGAAAACCAUGCACUAAGACUGAACACAGUGUGGAAUGCAGUAAACUUGACGUUUCCAUUGCAACAAACAGAGGAUACCCAAUAGUUCAUGUUAUUGCCGGCCUCUCCAAAACACAUCAAGAUAUAUCGCCAUCUUCUUCUUGUUUAGCUGCAUCAUGGGAUGUUGAAGGGCGAUUUGGAAACCUUACUCGCGAUAGUAAUUAUAUACUCCAUGUCGGACAUAAUCGAUUCCCAAUAGCAUUUACCAGGAACCAUAAUGGAACGUAUGACUUUGAUUACCAUUUUUACUCAGAAAAUGAAGAGAAUGAAACAGUCAUACGUAUAAACAGUGGCUCACCAGAAUCUGAAAUACUACAUUUUGCAAUUAAACAGUGUCAAAAUAUGACACAUGCAACAGAUGAAAAACGUAUUGUUCACGCUAGACAAAUCAAUUCUGACCAAGUCGCUAUUUAUGCUCAAGUUUUGGAUCCGGAGAGUUUUAUCGAAAAGGUUCAAGUGGGAAUCGGAAAAAGUCGCGGUGGUUUUCAAAUUAAACAACUUCAUGACGUUAAGUUUGGCAUCAGCGGUGUACUCAGCGUACAAGCUACACACGGAUCUUCAAUAUAUGUCACAUAUGUAGCGACAAACAAUGCUGGCAUUUCCUCUUUUUAUUAUAGCCAGCCGUUUAUAAUGGAUAGAACACAACCACAUAUAACGCAUGUGCAAAUAUUUGCGAACAUGGGUCAUAAAGAAAAGCAUAUCUUCGUUAACGCAACAUGGAAAACAAUAGAUGAUGAAAGUGGUGUGAAGUUUUGUUACUGCUCACUGGGAUCAAGAAAAGGAGUUUCUGAUAUAUUUAAGAUUCAACAUACCGAUGAUAUUUCUCGAUGUUCUUUUCCGGCAAGGAAUUUUAAACAUGGAGACAGCUUAGUAGCAUCGGUUACUUGCGUUAAUGGAGUUCAACUAUCCCAAACAGCCUUUUCGGAAAGAUUGAUCAUUAUUAAAGAACCCCCGGCUCAUCAUGAAGCAACAGUUGCCUUUAUUCCAUCAGUGACAUUUUCUGUCGACGGACUUGCAGCUAGUGGUGUUGGGAACAUGGGUAGCUACAUCCAAACGGAUACUUCAAAACUUGUCAUUGAAUGGAAACCUUUUGGGGAUCCUGAGGGUGUAAGCAAAUAUGAAUAUCGUAUUAUGAAAGGGAACACAACCAUAACAAACUGGGAAACCUGCCAAAAACACACAAUGGUAGAGGUUAGACAUCAACAUCUACAAACCGGGGAGUACCGAACGGAUGUUAGAGCAACAAAUGAAGCUGAUAUGCAGAGCAAGGCAAUUCACAGUUAUGUACAGGUUGUGAAAGAGAAACCAGAAUUGACAGGCCACCCACCUUUGCUUAAGUACAAAAAUAGAGUAUUAUCCAUGGACUGGACUGAAGUCUUCCGACAUGGUUAUAUGACGAGUAAGAGGGUCUAUGACGUUGCAAUCGGCUCAAGAGAUGGAUUCGCAGAUUUACUUGAAUUACGGAACAUUGUAGAUGAAACAUACACACUAGUAAUGCCAUAUUCAAACUUCCUUACCAGCUUCAUUAGCGAGAUUUUUAUAAUUAUCGUUUGCAAAACUGAUGUUGGGGAAAGAAGCUACAGAAUAAGGCACACAUUAGUUUUAUAAUCAGCAAAAUAGUUUGCAACCAUUACAAACGUGUUUGGAUAUUUAAACAACAUCAUUUUUAUUGUUCCAUGUUCGACACAAACUUGUACUUUUACAUCGUUUGAUAUAAACAUAAUAUCUUUGGUUUUUAGUAUAUAUAGUUUGAUAUGCACAUUGCGUGUUUUUGCUAAAUGAACAUAAAUGAUGAUACCUUU